AUGGACAGUUCAGAAAUUGAGAGAGUUGAUGAAAGGCUAUAUCAAAGUCAAGGAAUCUUCAGAACUUCAAGCUCUAGUGUCCCUGUACAUAAGGAAAAGCAUACUACAGCAGAAUCCCUUGUGAUAUCCACUAAAGACUCAUCAUUUAGACAAAGCAGACCACCGGGAAUUUCAGGGAAGCCUCCAGUGUGUACACUCUGUGAGGGCAGACAUUGGACAGAUGAGUGCAAAAAGAACAGAACUAUAGAAGAUAGAAAACAGAGAUUCAGGGGAAAGUAUUUUAUUUGCUUAAAGCCUGGUCAUAGAAGUAAGGAAUGCAGAGUAGAUAAGGCAUGUUAUCACUAUAGGCAGACUCGUGACCACCACAGAAGUUUGUGUCCUAAGAAGUUUCCUAUACGCCAUAGAGAAAGUUCACAUUUGACCGAGGAAGUGUGUAGAAAACAAGAGACUUCGAAUUUUUCUCAGAGUUCUGAGAAUAGUUUUUUAUCAUCAGGGGAUAUUGUUUUGAUGCAGACGGCUCAAACAGAGGUGGCAAACAACAACAGAGAAAAUUCAGAACCAACAAGACUUUUCAUGGACUCAGGAUCCCAGAGAACCUACAUAACAGAAAUCUUGGCUGAGAAAUUAAAGUUGAAGAUUCUUACAAUAGAGAAGAUAUCACUCAUAACUUUUGGUGCGGAGAAGAAAAAAAUUGUGAAGACACCUAAAGUUUCCCUGAAAGUGAAACUCAAAGAUAGACAUUAUCUUAGUAUUGAAGCAAAUGUUGUACCAAACAUUACAGGAACAGUACAAAGGAAGCCUAUUCCUAAGGACGUACAAGUGAAAUGA